AUGGCCCAUGUCACGCGCCGAGGCAAGGCGUCCUUGUUCCGUCGAAACACGGAAACCGGGCACUACUUGGCGCAGAUGGCAGAAGGGAGCAGGUCAACGAACCUCAUGUGCCCGCCUCUGCGUGGCACCCUGGCACUGAGCCGACGCCGGCCAUCGGAAGCGAAACAGCCACAGGUCGCCCCAGAGCUACCCUGUGAGCCGGUGGCAGAGCGCAUGGUUAGGACGAAGAGCUCGUUCUCACGACACGGAACGCUCCCAGGCCUCGUGGACGUGAGCGCGCAUGCCUGGAAGCUCGCGCGGCAACUCAACCUCGACCACCACGAGGUGAAGUUUGCGCUUGAUACGCUCCAGAGUGCUGCGUGGUCCGAGAAAAAUGGAGGCAUGGACCUCCCGACCUUCCGAAAAUGCCUUCUCAAAAUCUUCGACAGACAGGACAUCUCGGAUGGCGUUCUGCACGCCGCCUACGAGGACUGCGGUGUGGGGGAGGGCCCCAUCGAGCCGCGACGCUUCGUGUCCUGGUAUCGGGACCAUCUUUUCUCCCUGGGCUGCGAAGGAGGUAGCCGCUUGACACUGGACUUGGCGAAGAAGCACCAUUGCUCUUGCAUGGACCUUGACAGAGUGAAAAUGAAGUUCGAUCAGUUCGACACCGACAAGUCUGGCGUCAUUGAGUAUCCAGAGUUUGAAAGGAUGAUCUUCUCGCUGCUGCACUGUUCGAAGAACGACCUUCCCGAGUGCCGGAUGCAGCGAUUCUGGCAUGAGCUGGACCAGGACGGCAACGGCGUGGUGGACUUUCAGGAGUUCACAGAGUGGUAUUUGAAGUAUUUCGCUUUGGCCGCUUGGCUGAACAGACAACGACAAGACUAUGGAGACUGGGAUCCAUCUUGGGACCCUGCUUGGUCCUCUGCACAGCCUUCCGAUGCAUGGAACAUCUGGCGGGGAGCGUGGAAGAAGGGUCGCGAACAGACCCCACAACAGCCACAGAGGUUGUUUCCACACUACGACCAAGCCAUUCCUCAUGGCAAGGAUGGCAAGGGUCGCAGCAAAGGCAAGGACAAGACCAAGGCUGCUGUGCCUAUGGGGCCCUCAGACACCUUGGUCCCCGAGAUCCAAGAGCUUCUCAACGUGACGCGCAAAGCAGAACAAAGAGUCAGACAACUUCAGCAGGCCAAAGAGAAGAAGAUCCAGAGUUGGGACAGAUACAUGCAGGAGAUGCAGAAGUCGUGGAUGGAAGAGAAGCAGAGAUACACCAAGAACAUCGAGAAGAUCGAGGACGACCUAGAAAAAGCACUUGUGGCGCAGGCCACAGCACGUCAGCAACUUGUGGAGAGUGUGCCCAAGGCCGGAGUCAAGGAGGCAGCAACCGACCGGAGUGCCAACGACGAGUGGGAUGCCAUGAUGAACCAAUGGGAGAAAGAACAAUCAGAAGAAGAUCCGAGUGCAGUAUACAGGCGUGCAGUUGCAGCGGAAGCACAGCACAGUUCUGCACACCAGCCGAGGCCGCUUCAUGCAGGUUCACCAUUGGGAGAUUACACUCAGUACCACUUGGAUCAGCGAGCACCGCCCCCAUGGAUGCAGUGGAUGCCUUGGGGUUUUCCGCCACCACCUCCAGGUUUCCUGCAGCCCAGUGCGGAGAUGGGACACUCAGCAAACAUGCAGGCCAGCCAACACCUCGGUGCUCCUACUACCAGAACUUCAGAUGUGGGACCACAGGAGACAACAGGCGAACCACGACGAUGCGAAGGACCUGCUUAUGCUGGCACUUCGGAAGCACCUGUGAAUGCACACCCGGGUGCAUUUCAGGCUGCUUCACCGACACCAGUACAGCUACAAGCCAGGGAUGCCAAGGAUCGUGUCGACUCCAAGGUCUCACCAGUGCAUCCAGGACAAAGAGAUCUACAAGCUCCGAGACAGCCGACAUCAGAAGCCCCACCGCGGCCAGGAAUCAAAGAGGCUACCCGCUCCACACCAGUGCACCAGCACAAGACAGGACCUACCCUCACCUCCAAAUUGGAGGCAGCCAGGGAACACGCGCUUCAGGAGGCGGCCAAGAAUGCCAUGAUUCCGGAGUUUGCAGACGCCCCUGCUCACACGCCAAUUCCAGUGCUCGACGACGACCCCGACGAACAGCUUCCCCUGCCCUGCCACGAUCUGACCUCCUUCCGUGGCCACUUCAGGCUGCUUGUACAUCCACUCAAGCUGCGAAGAGUUAUCCGUGCAAAACUCUUCAAGAAUUGGGCUCCCAGGAGCAAAAUUUUGCUGGGCUGUCGCCUUCCUGUUGUGCCAAAGUUGUGUACGGCGACAGGCACACCAAUUUUGCCAGAUGACCUUGAUGAGUAUCACUCUCUACCUCAGCCGGUAAGACGACCAGAUCAAGGCCCCGAAGUUGCAGCAGUUGCUGAAGGGCACAGACCUGCCUCACAGAUUGCAUUAGCCACCUUCGUUGUCCUUACGAUAGAUGGUUGCCCCGAAGUCAUCACCACCGCCUUUCGGACACCUGCUACGGUUGCAGAAGCAUUACAAUGUGUUUCGGAUGCACGUACCCAUGCCCAAGACAUCAUUUACAACCAGCUUCUCGAGGUACGGCCACAGCCCUUUUGUCACUUCGCGACGGUUAUCGCCCUUCCCCUGUGGUGUCGUCAAGAAAGUGUAGUCUGCCUGGACCUUACGGAUAUUGAUGGCAGGAUUUUUGCCAAGAGCGUGCCCAGGCAGGUUGAUAAGGCGACCUUGUGUGAACUGGCGGGCUUGCAGCUUCAGGAUCACUUCAACAUUUAUGCCUUUGGCCACCCACAGCCUCUAGGACCUCAAGAGAUUCUCGAAGUCGAAGAGGCAGGUUGCAUUUUCUUUACGUACACAUGGCAGCCAGGUCGCAUUGGCCACAUGUUGCCAGUCAUGCUCAGGUCACCGGCAGGAUGGGAAAUCAGUCCUCGCAUCCCAUCCCCUGCUCCAGCACGCCGUUUUUGUUUUGUGCUCGAAGAAGGCCAAAGGUUACUCAAGUGGCCUAAAACCAGGGGCAAAACUCAUCAGGAAGUGCUCGCGCAGGAGUACCACCUCGACCCUGCUAAUGUUACCGUGCAGGCUUCUAGGCCACCACUUGAAGACACCGCACUCAAUGGAUGGCCAUGUGUAACAGUUGCAGCGGUCACGGUUGAGAUCAGCACGAUACCAGUCCCACCAGGACGACCCGUGCCUCCCAUGUGUGCUUUCAUCAUAGAUGCCAGGCCUCUGUUGCGAGGCUUCCUUUUGAAGCAUGCACUUCGAAACCGAGCUUCACACUCCACUUUGGUGCAGGAGCUCUCCACAUUCCUUCCGGAAGGGCACCAAGUCCAACUCGACGGAGCCUUCAUGGAUGGAGAAGAUUUCAUCAUCAAUCCCGGCACCGUCAUUGUUGCACAAUAUGUGCCACUCACCAGUGAUGAGGAGGCAGAUGGCGACACUGAGGGGAGCUCCAGUGCAACAUCAGACGAAGAUUCCACGGAGGAUCAUGAUGGCCACACGACUUCUCCGCCAUCUGCCCGACGAACUUUGGAUUUCGAGCAAGAUGCCGAGGAGGAGCAACCCACAGCUUCUCAUCCGUACUCGAGUACGGCAUUGGCCCAUCCCUCGGUUCCACUGCCACAUCCCAUUGACAGCAACGAAAUACCAGCUGACAAGUCCAAAGAGCCGUCCAGGACGCAAGACAUCCUGAGUGCGCCCUAUGCUUUCCUCGCCUUACACCAGUUGCACUGGACAUCUUGCCAACAGCACUUGACCUCCAACCUGCCAGGUAACAUGAUUGAGGUUGACGAACUUGUUCGCGAAGUCAGUGGUGUCUUUCAACAAGAGCUGCCUGUCGCUUUCCUGGAGGACGAGCACUCAUCUCAGGUUGAUAAUGAUGGCCCACAGGUUCCCGCAGAGCUAGACACUGCCGUCCAGCCUCCAAGUGAUUAUACGACGAUCACUUUUCUCAUCUUGGCACCUGACUACUUGCCGGAGCAGGUCGAAGUCCGACUCGCCCUGCCACAAACCACUGAAACAGCGCUGCAAGCCGUUGCUGCUGCCAGGGGACCCAUCUCUGCACAACGUUUCCCCAGACUUGUCACAGUUGACUUCCAGCCGUUCAGUGAGUUUGCCAUUGCACUGGCCAUGCCUCGAUGGACACCUUCCUUGAUGUUCGUGUUCUUCGACUGUGGCGACCCACCGAUGCCUCUGACAGGCGCUCUUGCCGUUCAAGAUGGACUCACUGAUCGAUCCCUCCUUCAGCUCCAGACACUGACAGGCCAAGAAGACAGACAGGCACCGGCGACGCAGCCUCAGGCAGCCAAGCAGGGCAUCAAGCAACAGCCCCUGGAACAGGCGGUUCACCGGUCUAUUCAGGGUCUUCAAGUUCGGUUACUUCUCCUCCUCCUGGGUUUUAUUUGCUCGCUAGGCAAUGAGCAGAGGGAGAACCACAACUUUCAGUCGUAUGCCCAGCAGCGAUUCCUUUCCGCUGCCCACAACGACUAUUGCCUACGCCCUGUAGAUCUCGGUCUGCUCGACACUCUCUUCGAACACUUUGCCCAGACAGCCCACCGGCCAGUUCUUGAAUUGCAAUCUCGCAUUCCUAUUUCCACCUAUCAGCAACAGGUUGCGGAGCUCCGGACAAUUGUCCCCACCAUUGUUGAUAUUUCCGCGCAGCUGCAAGGCUUCAGUCUAGAUUGGCUAGACAACGAUCUUGGCCCACUGGUGCGAGAUCCUGCCACUCCUGUGCAGUGGAAGGCAGCCUUUGCCAAUUUUAGAACCACCCACAUGCUUGCAGCAGAUGAGGUGCCACACCGCAUUAUCAUCUACACAGAUGGCUCCGCCUCGCAGCAGACUGAUGCAGCUCUCGGACCUGCUGCCUGGGCUUUUUGUGCAUGGCUUCAGACUGCCACAGGUCUGAGCCUCAUAGGCUACAGUGCUCACUCUAGUGUCCCGCCAGAUACGCCAUAUUGGCUUCAUGAAUCACAGGACGAUUCUUGGACGGCAGAAGUACUCGCUCUGGCUUGGGCCCUUGUGUGGUCUGUCGAAUUUGGGGCAGGCUAUAGAGUACCCAUAGAAUUUCGAUAUGAUGCCACUGCACCAGGGUGUGGCACAUUCGCAGCUAUGGCACACAAGGUUGAAGAUGCCCAAAGUCACACUCCACUAGCGGUCUUCACCAACGUCCUCCGACAGACCCUUGAAGUGCGUACGCCAGUCUCGCACCAACACGUCAAAGGACACAGCGGAGAUCUGGGCAACGAAAUUUGCGAUCUCCUUGCCAAAAGAGCUCGCAAAUCACCAGAGGACUUCUAUGACAGAUGCCUUCCGCUUUGGCCGGGGAAAUGGAUACAACACCCGUUAGCCAGUUGGGGGUGGACCAUAGGCUAUAGCGGGGUUGACAUUCCAGAUCUUGCCAAUUUCCAGAUCGAAGCACACCGACUUCAGACCACUCCCGUUUGCCCUAAGCCUCCCUCCUUAGGAGUGAUUGAGCGCAAGUACAGAGAGGCAGAGGCCGUCUAUGAAAUCCAUGUAGCUUCGUACAACGUGCUUACGCUCUUCGAUCCAUGCGUCCCCCAUGGACGCGCAAAACGUCUCGACAACGUCGGGCUCAUGACAGCCGGCAAAAGAGACCUUUUGAAGCGGCAGUUCAAAGCUCGCGGCUUGUGGCUCAUUGGACUGCAAGAAACUAGGUUGCCAGAAUCGGCUGUUCUUCCCGACAGUGACUAUAUAAUGCUCAACUCGCAAGCUACCACAGGUGGUCACGGAGGUUGUGCGCUUUGGAUCUCCAAACAGCACAUUUAUGCAAGAGAUGCGUCUCAUAACCAUCGUGUACUUGCAAAUCAGCUCACGGUGGUGUCGAGUUCACCCAGACACCUCCAAGUGCACAUUGAAACGCCUCGCCUCAAACUUGCCGUUCUUGUUGCACAUGGCCCUAGGGCAGCCACCAACAACGAUGCGACUGUCAGCAGCUUCUGGACAGAGCGUGCACAGGCCCUCUGCGGUCGUCCACAUGGCAUGGAGUGUGUUGUUCUUACGGAUGCAAAUAGUCACGUCGGAUCACUCGCCACCACAUUCAUUGGCGGACAUGGAGCAGAGGAGGAGAACUUCGAGGGUUCCUGUUUCCAUGAUUUUCUGACAGCAGUUGGGUGUUUCCUCCCAGCCACUUUUGAUCAUUUUCAUAGUGGCCCGCAUCACACCUGGAAGGGGCCAGGCGACAACCCGGUUUCGCAUCGCUUGGAUUUUGUAGCUUUCCCAAUUGAAUGGUUCUCCUUCGACAUCCGCACGGUUGUAUGGGAAGGCUUUGAAGCACUCCAAGCUCGACAAGAUCAUGUUCCGACACUUGCCCUUGUUCGUUUUAGUAAACUGCAGGCUGCCAGCAGCUACCAGAUGUCUCGACGCAAGCCUUGCAGACCUAAAGUAGACCCCACCCCACAGCAAAGUGCACUUUUCCAGAACGCACUGUGCCAAGCCUCGACCGCCCCGUGGCACCUUGAUGUCGACACCCACUAUGAUCAAUGGGUGAGUACACUUCUUGCUGCUGCACAGCCCCUAUGUGAGGAGAAGCAGCCAACGACAACACAAGAGUAUCUCACCCAGCCCACUCUUACCCUAGUACAUCGUCGUGCUGCCAUUCGGAGGUACAUUUGGCAAGAAAAUCAUGAAAUCCAACGACGACGUCUCAUUGUGGGAUUCACAGCAUUGCUGUUGAAUCGAUCCGGUGGGGCCUUCACCCAGCGUGCUCAACAAAGUGCGGAAACCUGGUGGCGCCAACUUGACAUCAGCCUAGCGCAUGCUUUGGCGCAGCUCUAUGAGACUACGACGGCCAUCCGAGCAGCCGUCAAACGCGAUCGCGCAGCCUUUCUAGCUACGCUGGUUGAACAAAUCUCCUUCCAAGACAUGCGUUCACCCAAGGCCUUGUACCAAGCCGUGCGCAGGGCGUUUCCCACUGCCAAAUCAGCUAGAAGAGUGGCAUUUCAACCGCUACCAGCAGUCCGUCUCGAGGAUGGUACUCUUGCACAGACCGUUGAGCAGCGCCAAGCGCGCUGGAUUGAAUACUUCAGCCAGCAAGAGGCUGGGGUUCAUGUCACAGCCCAAGACUACCAGCUUGCCUUUGCAGCCCCAGAGGUUGAGAUUCUGCCAGCCGGCCCUGUCUUCUCAAUUGAAGCAGUACCGACGUUGCACGACAUUGAGCAACAGCUCCUCCGCUCCAAACUUCGGAAAGCAUGUGGCCCGGAUCAAAUUACCUCAGAGAUCCUACGCCUGUCAGUGCCACAUGUUUCCAAGUUACUCCUGCCAGUAUGUCUAAAGACGAGUUUAGGAGUUCGUGAGCCAUCAGAAUGGAGAGGAGGUUGCCUCCUCUGCCUGGCCAAGCGUGCGCAGACGGCACUCGAAUGCAAAGCAUUCCGCUCAAUCCUCAUGGCUAGUGUUGUCGGCAAAGCACAUCAUCGCAUCCUUCGCUCAAAACUUACCCCCACAUUUGCAGUAUACAAAACCUCACUCCAAGCUGGGCAGAUGAAGGGCAGUGGAGUAGAGGGUAUUGCGCACCUUGCCCGCACUUUUCAGCUCAUUGCCCAUCACCGUCGCGAGUUUUGUGCGAUCACUUUUUAUGAUGUCAAAUCUGCCUUCUAUCAAGUCAUCAGACAAACCCUACUUCCCUCACGCAAUGGUCUCGACGACACAGGUUUCCUCCGUCUCCUACACGGCAUUGGCAUUCCGGAUUCAGCCAUCCCGGAGCUGGCACAGCACCUUCGGAAUAUGGCUACUCUCAGUGCUGCUGGUACGGAUGAUCACCUUGUUAGUCAAGUAGCCGACCUCUUCCGAGGCAGUUGGUUUAGACUCGAUAAUGCUGGGCCCCUGGUCUUGACCCGUAAGGGUACAAGACCAGGGGACCCGAUGGCAGACAUUCUAUUCGGGUUCACCUUUUCGGCCUAUCUUCAUAGUAUCGAGCUUGCUUUGACCCGAGCAUCUCUCAAUACUCCUGUGCCCACUUUCGUUGAGCCAUCUAUCUGGCACGAUUGGCCGACCAUUCAGGAUGUAGGCUGCCUUGCAUGGGCUGACGAUUAUGCCCAUAUGCAAACUGCCUCCACGCAGCCCGUUCUUUUGCAAAAGGUCACCCAAGCCACUUCCUUGCUGGUGACACAUGCCUCCGCAAAUGGCAUGCAGCUUUCUUUUGCAGCCGACAAGACAGCUGUGCUCCUUUGUACCUUGUGCUCCCGAGCGUUGCACCCCCCGGUGGUCAGCAACGAACAAGGUGCACCCGGUCUGCUUGUGCAUGACAGCAUCACAGGCACAGAUUCUUUUCUGCAAAUUGUUGACUCCUACCGUCAUCUUGGCACCAUCGCGGUUGCCAAUGCCACGCCAGGACCAGAGAUAGCCUUCAGAGCCUCUCAGGCUACUGCCACCGUUAAGCCUCUGCGGCGACGACUCUUUUCAUCUCCAGAUGUACCCCUGAGUACCCGCCGUAUGCUCCUGCGUGCACUAGUUGUGUCCAAGUUCGUUUUCUCCAGCUGCGCCAUCACCCUGCAGGCCGGUGUCCAUCGGCGGACAUGGUGCAAGCACUACAUUGCUUUGUGGCGUAAUCUCUGCAGAUGGAAACAGGUCGAAGCUCAGCCUCACGCGUUUCAGGUUCUGCUUACAGCUUCUGCCACUUCGCCUCUCUUGGCGGUUGCACUGGCACGCGCCACUUACCUGCGAAGGCUGUUAAAGUGGGGUCCUCCCGAGCUUCUACACCUUCUACAGGCCCAUUGGCGCCUCAGCCCUUCCUCCUCUUGGUUGGGACAAUUUGAGUUCGACAUUCGCGCAGUCGGGGUCACGCUCCCCGAUGAACUUGCUGUUCUCCGCGGCGGCUCUUCUGUCGAGCGUCUACUAGAAGCAGUGCAGGAGGAUCCGCAUUGGUGGCCGCGCAUGAUUCAACGUGCCACCAAGAAAUACGCAGAGGAGCUGCAGGUAUGGCACCAGCGCAGAGGUGCGUCGACCUUCGCUCCGCAGCCAAAUGCUCCCCCUGGUGAUUCUCGGCCUUUUGUCUGCAAGGACUGCGGUGCGGCCUUCAAGCUGCGCAAGCACUUGGGUGUUCAUUGCGCACGUGCUCACGGGCAACUUAGCCCGGCCAGACAUUACGCAGUGCUGCCUUUUUGCCUUGCAUGCCACAAGUGGUUCCACGAUAUCGGCCGCGUCCAGUACCACCUCAAACAAAACCAUCGAUGUAUGACUCGACUUCUGCAUACCAUUCCUCCCCUGACCACCGCACAGGUCUAUGAGGUUGAGGCAGACAAUACUCGGAGACUGCGCAAACUCCGACAGGGAGCUUGGAAGUCAUAUACCGCAGCAGAGCCGACACUGCAGGUUUUCUUUCCUCGCCUCCCCACUUACACGGAAUCCCAACCUGAGGACUCCGACACUCUUGAUACUCUCCGACCACGCUACCGGCCAUCGCCCUCCACGGUUCACUGGCUCAUGAACUGGCUGCAAGAAGCUUCGGUAGAGGGUCCUCGGUCAGAGAUUCAAGAGUUCUGGCUCCAGAGCCCGACCACUGUCUCUUCGUCAAGACAGUAA